GGAUGUGAUGUAUAUGAUGUAGGAGAUCUACACUUUGCCCAAGUUCCUAAUGAUAAGCUGUACAACAACACUGUUAAAUACCCACGUACAGUUGGCCUUGCAUGUCAAGUGUUGGCUGAUGAAGUUAGUAGAGUAGUAGCAGCUGGUCAUACCUGUGUAACUUUGGGAGGAGAUCAUAGUUUGGCACUUGGCACUAUUAGCGGUCAUGCUCAACUCUGUUCAGAUCUAUGUGUAAUUUGGGUCGAUGCACAUGCAGACAUCAACACCCCACUGACUACCUCUUCAGGAAAUCUCCAUGGACAGCCAGUGUCCUUUCUCUUGAGAGAGCUCCAAGACAAGGUUCCUCUGAUCCCUGGGUUUUCUUGGAUAAAACCGUGCAUUUCCACAUUGGAUAUUGUAUAUAUUGGUUUGCGCGAUCUUGAUGCAGCUGAACAAUUUAUUCUGAAGAAAUAUGACAUCACAUACUAUUCAAUGAGGCAAAUUGAUCGCAUUGGAAUACAGAAAGUUAUGGAAAGAUCCUUUGAGCAGCUAUUGGGAAGGAGACAAAGACCAAUUCAUUUAAGCUUUGACAUAGAUGCAUUUGAUCCAUCCUUGGCAGCAGCUACCGGAACACCAGUAAUUGGAGGGUUAACUUAUAGAGAGGGAAUCUAUAUUACAGAAGAAAUACACAGCACAGGAAUGCUGUCAGCCCUAGAUUUGGUAGAAGUUAACCCAGCUCUUGGAGCCUCCUCUGAUGAAGUAAAGGCGACAACAAACUUAGCAGUAGAUGUUAUUGCUUCAUGUCUUGGCCAAACAAGAGAAUGCACGCAAAUGAUUAUAGAAGAGCUCCCAGCGCCUAAUACAGCAUUUGAAACAGAAAAAGAAGAGCAAAUAAGGAUUUAG